AUGUCAUUAAAGCUUGAUUGGGAUGAGCCUGUUCCCAAUAACAUCGGAGAAAAAUGGCAGAGUUGGCAGGAAAAUCUUAAAGAUCUGGAAAAACUUCAGGUUCCAAGAUGUUAUUUGACUGGGUCUUUAAGUGAAAUGGCUAGGGUUGAAAUACAUACCUUUUCAGAUGCAUCUGAGAAGGCUGUUUCUGCUGUAGUGUAUGUAGUUGGUUUCACUCAAGAAGGAAACAAACAUGUUGGUUUUGUUGCAGGUAAAAGCAAACUUGCUCCAGAAAAAGGUCACACAAUCCCUAGGUUAGAACUUUGUGCCGCAGUACUUGCUGUCGAGUUAUAUAGGUCCGUUUCUGAACAGCUACAAGUAGACUUAACUGAUGUAAGAUUUUGCACUGACAGCAAACUUGUUUUAGGAUAUUUGAACAACAGUUCUAGAAGGUUCUACACAUAUGUCAGUAAUCGGGUUCAGAAAAUAGUUUCUGUGUCUAGUCCAAAUCAGUGGAGUUAUGUCAGUUCUGAUAAGAAUCCGGCUGAUAUCGGUAGUAGAGGAGCUAGUGUUGCACAGUUGAUUGAUAGUUUGUGGUUAAGUGGACCUCAAUUCUUGUUGCGGGAUGUAGUUUUACCAGAGUACUUUCCUCUUGUAAAUCCCCAGAGUGAUAAGGAAAUCCGUAAAGAGGUAGUUGUUAGUGCUACUAAAGUAGUACCCCAAAGAUCAUUGAAUGAUAGGUUCGAGCGUUUUUCAACUUGGCAAAGUUUAGUGAGAGCUGUAUCUACACUUAAACAUAUUGCUAGGUCAGUUCAAAGUAGACUUCCUUGUAAAGGUUGGCAUAUUUGUCCAAAUGACUUGGGCUCAUUACAAGAAGCUAGUUUAUAUGUGUUGCGUACAGUUCAAGAGGACAUUUACUCUAGUGAAAUAAAGGAUCUUUCAAGUGGUAAGAAUCUUAGUAGACAAAGUAGUAUCUUAUCUCUUGACCCUGUGUUUGGUGCUGAUGGGUUGUUACAUGUAGGUGGUAGGCUUAAUCGUAGUGAACUACCGGACAAAGAAAAAAGACCUAUUAUUGUCCCAGGAAAACACUCAGUAGCUAGAUUGCUUGUUAUACAUUACCAUAUGUCUGUAUAUCAUCAAUGGUUGCCAUUUCACCGAGGGCGCUUUGAGGACUGCCGGUUUCUGGAUUACUGGAGCCAAACGAUUGGUUUCUUCUGUUAUUCAGAACUGUGUUACAUGUAG